AUCUCCCUGAACUCCGUGUGCUCCCUUACCUUCCACUCUAUUCUUCGUCACUGCUGUUUGCUGUCAUGUUCAUCAUCAACUGGUUCUGGGACGUUCUCGCUCAGCUGGGUCUGCUGCACAAGAAUGCCAAAAUUCUGUUCUUAGGGCUGGAUAAUGCUGGAAAGACGACUCUUCUACACAUGCUCAAAAACGACAGGCUAGCCACGCUCCAGCCCACACUUCAUCCCACCUCUGAGGAGCUGGCUAUUGGUAACGUGAAGUUCACGACAUACGACCUCGGUGGUCACCAGCAGGCUCGCCGUCUCUGGCGGGACUACUUCCCUGAAGUCGACGGUAUCGUCUUCUUGGUUGAUAGUGCCGACUUUGAGCGCUUUCCCGAGUCCAAGGCUGAGCUUGAUGCUCUUCUUUCAAUCGAGGAGCUGUCGAAGGUUCCUUUCCUCAUUCUUGGCAACAAGAUUGAUGCGCCAGGGGCCGUCAGUGAGGAGGAGUUGAGGCAUCAUUUGGGGUUGUAUCAGACUACCGGCAAGGGCAAGGUUCCGUUGAACGACAUCCGCCCCAUUGAGAUUUUCAUGUGCUCAGUUGUGCAGAGGCAGGGGUACGGCGAAGGUUUCCGCUGGGUCUCACAAUACAUUUAAGCUCUUUGAUAUGGCGAGUCUGUUCGAACUGGAUUGCCUUUGUUUUCCUUUACGGUGUCAGCAUGCCUCGUUACGACUGAGCAAUAUGUUUCGUGUCCUUAGUCCUCAUAUAGUCCAUGCAUUUUCCCUUUA